GAGUUCUCGCCACCAUAGCGGUACCAACACCCCUAGGAUUGACGAGAAUUCUGUCCGUGCAGGCCCCCGGCGCCGCCAUACUCAGAGAUAAAAAGACGACAUGACUCCAUCAUGACACUUGGCUCUCUUUGGUCUGGGUUGGGCGGAAAAGGAUACCUCUCAUAGAUGAUACCGUCUUUGUAGAUUUUAUUGCAUGGGAAGCAUUUCUGCUGGUUUUUUUUUAUGGUCUUUUUGGGGGUAUAUCACUGGGUCAGUCACAGGCCAUGACUGGCUGAUUUUUGGUUUGUCUGCGUAUCUGGACUUUGACGAGGACAUAAUGGCAGUAACGAGUUAUGACAUUUUCUUUGCUAAUCUCUUUGAAUACAUGAGAUAUAUUACAAGACCAUUCUCCGUCCUAAACUUCAGGGUAUCUUCAAACAGGGCGGUGGACAAAAAAAAACCCCCAGGAAUAAAAAGAAAAAGAAAAAGAAAAAGAAAAAGAAAAAGAAAAAGAAAAAGAAAAAGAAAAAGAAAAAGACGAGACAGAUAAUACAAGUAGGACCCGGUCCCACCCCUUAAACCCCUUGCCAUGC